AUGUCUUAUUCAUCAUACAGUUCUGGCUCAGCUACAUGGCAAGAGAAGCUCGAAGAGAGAUGUCGCGAGGCACAAAUUCGUCCUCCAGUAUUUCAGAUCGUGUCAGACAGAAGAGGUGGACGAACAGCAUGGUCUAGCACAGUAACUGUACAGGGCCAGAAUAUUUCUGCACGAUUCUGGUACGAUGGGCAGUACGUCAACAAUGCGAAAGAGGAUGCAGCAGAAGUGGCACUCAAUCGUUUGACUGGAUCGAGCCCAACCUCACCUAUCCAAAGUCGAAUGAGUGGUAAUUACAACAUGACCUAG